AUGGAUCCAGACGCGUUGGCAAAGGCGUUCGUGGAGCACUACUACACGACGUUCGAUUCGAACAGAGCGGGAUUGGCGAACCUCUACCAGGAGGCGUCGAUGUUGACCUUCGAAGGUCAGAAGAUCCAAGGCUCACCGAACAUCGUGGCUAAGCUCACCAGUCUUCCCUUCCAGCAGUGCCAGCACAGCAUCACCACCGUCGAUUGCCAGCCAUCUGGCCCCGCUGGCGGCAUGCUUGUCUUCGUUUCCGGUAACCUCCAACUCGCCGGCGAACAACAUGCCCUCAAGUUCAGCCAGGUGUUGUUCAUUAACACAGUUGUGCAGACACUCAGCAAAAUAGAGUGGUAGAGAGAGCAUCAACAUCUUUUGAAAGUGGCUAGAGACUUUAGAUUUCAAUCUAAUCUUCCACUUCCCUUUUGGGAAAAUUGUGUUUUGACAACAGCUUACCUCAUCAAUCGAAUUCCUCCUCCUCUUCUUGGUGGAAAAUUUCCCUAUGAACUUUUGUUUUCAUGUAAACCACAAUAAAAUCCUAUGGAAGUUUUUGGUAGUUUGUGCUAUGCCUCUACUCUUUCUCACAAAAGGUCUAAGUUUGAUCCUAGGGCUAGACAGUGUAUUUUCAUUGAUG